UCCUUUUUCUUUAGCCAUUUUUUGGUACUUUGCUUUUUGCUCAAAUCUUCUUCCCUCCUUUAUCAAUUAAAAUUCACAUCUUCACAUGGUUGCUUUCCUUAUAUUCAUGUCUUUAAACCCAUCACAGUUUUCUUGAGCUUCAACAAUUUCAAGAUUUACUUGUUGCCAAAUCUUUUCUGGUUGAGAUCUCUGAGAUGGCUUUAAAUUCAAUUAAAUGAUGUGGGCAGCAUUCUAUCAUACUGAGCUUUGAAGUUGCUUAUGGAGAUAACGGACGACAAAGUUAAAUCGAAGAUGGAAGAUUAUGAAGUUAUAGAGCAAAUUGGAAGAGGUGCCUUUGGAGCUGCAUUUCUUGUUCUUCAUAAAAUUGAGAAAAAGAAGUAUGUGUUGAAGAAGAUUCGUUUGGCAAAACAAACAGAAAAGUUUAAGCGCACUGCUCAUCAGGAGAUGAAUUUAAUAGCAAAGCUAAAUAACCCAUACAUUGUGGAGUACAAAGAUUCAUGGGUGGAAAAGGAAUUCUAUGUGUGCAUUGUGACAAGUUAUUGUGAAGGAGGUGACAUGGCUGAGAUAAUUAAGAAAUCAAGAGGAACAUUUUUCACAGAGGAGAAGGUAUGCAAAUGGCUUACUCAGCUGUUGCUAGCUGUGGACAACCUUCACUCCAACAGAGUCCUCCACAGAGAUAUUAAGUGCUCCAACAUUUUCCUUACCAAAGACGACGAAAUCAGAUUAGGUGACUUUGGACUUGCAAAACUGCUCAACAAAGAUGAUCUCGCUUCUUCGGUUGUGGGCACUCCAAACUACAUGUGUCCGGAGCUCCUCGCGGAUAUCCCAUAUGGCUACAAAUCAGAUAUAUGGUCCCUAGGUUGCUGCAUGUUUGAAAUAGCUGCACAUCAACCUGCAUUUAGAGCUUCUGACAUGGCUGCACUCAUAAACAGAAUAAACCGAUCUUGUAUUUCUCCGCUUCCAGCUGUGUAUUCCUCCACAUUGAAACGGUUGAUCAAAAGCAUGCUAAGAAAAAGCCCAGAACACAGACCAACGGCUGCAGAGCUGUUGAGACAUCCCCAUUUACAGCCAUACCUUGCUCAGUGCCGCAACUUAUCUACUGUUUUCCUUCCAGUGAAGUCCGAAAAGGUUUCAAAGGACAGAUCUACGAAAUCCCAGCAGUCUGAGAAGUCUACAAUCAGCAAAGACACCAAAAGUUGUGAGAAGGCAAUGCUGCUGAAGGAGUUGGAAAAUGUUCAUGACAUGCUGACUCGAAAUUGCACGAAAAAUGUUAGGCUCACUUACUUUGAUUUCGAACAAGUUGAAGUUGAAACUAAAAGGGCAUAUCCUAUUAGCUGUUCCAAGCAAGUGCCUAAAACCAAUGAAGGCUCGGGAGUCGAAUCCAACUGUAUCAAGCAAUCUGAAAUUCCUAACUCAGGAACCACCUCAGGGAGUACUUUGACCGACUUUAAUGAAGAUACAGAACAAGAAGAGCUCACUCCCAAACAUGGAGUUAACAACGAAAACCACAAGAAAAAUGCAGCAUCAACUACAACAGCUAUGGACAGUGAUGAGAUUCUGGAAGAUGAAAAGUCUUCUGAAGCUAAGAAAGCAAUCGAACAGGAACACGAAGCAGUAGCCUCAUGCAUUUCCCACUUAACAGAAAUGCCCAAUUCACAUCCAAAAAUUACUUCCACGGAGAACAAGUCGUCGGCAAGUACAGUGAGACUUCCAUGUGAAAAUGAAGUAGGAUCAAAAAUGGAUGGUCUUAGCCCUUCGAAGAGCGCGGGAAAAGGUGAUAGUCAAGAGUCAUUCAGUGACAUUUCACCAAUGAGCACACUAACUUUGGUUCAUGGUGACACAGUAAAAAUUGAAUGGGAUACACACAGCCACCAAAGAGCAGAAGGUCUGGAGUCACUGCUUGAACUUUGUGCACAAUUGCUCAAACAGGAAAAACUUGAGGAACUUGCAGGUGUUCUAAGACCAUUUGGGGGAGAAGAUGUUGUUUCUUCAAGAGAAACAGCAAUUUGGUUGACAAAGAGCCUAAUGCAAAUCCAAAAACAAGGUGGCGCCAUGAAUUCUUGAUAAUUUAUUGUAAUAUUAUUUAGCUUCGCUUUUGGGUAAAUUAAAAUUAAUUGACAAUGAGAAGUUGACCUAUACUUAUUUUUUUUGGGUACCAAUGCACUUUGUUCUUUGGUGAUGUUCAAAUUGGACACUAUUUGACACGUGUCCAUAGAUCCAAUCUCUCUGACAUCCACGCACAACACCGGCGGUGGUUGCGGUGGAGGUGGUAUCAGCGCCGACGGAGUAAUCACGGGAAAAAUGGGAAGGAAGGUGGUGGUGGUAAAAUAUGGGUUGGAUUAAAAUUUUAAUAUAUACGACGGGGUGUGAUUUAA